CGGGACGAGGUGGAGGGUUGCCCAGGGGUGUGAGGAGAGCCCGGUGAGGAGCGGGGGCGGGUAGAUGGCGGAGCCGUUGCUGCGGCGGACCUUCUCCCGCCUGAGGGGCCGCGACCGCCCGCGGGGGAAGAAGGCGGACGCCAAGGACAGAGAGCAUCCUCCGCCAAGCCCCGAUUCUUCGGUGGACCCCGAGGCGGCAUCGGUGGAGCCGGUGCCGGCAGCAUCCCGCAAGCAAAACUGGGCCCGGUUUUCCUGCGGCGGCCGUGACGAGAGGCAGCUACUGCCUCCCAAAGCCGCCCCAGAUCCGGCAGACGCCGGCGAGCCGGACCCUGCUGCCAGCAGUCCCCGGCCCGGCAUCGAGCAGCCCAGCGAGGAAGACGUGGAGCCGGCGGAGGAAGCCGAGGCGGUGAACGGCUCUGGGGAGCUGGGUGGUCUCAGUAGGAGCCCUGGGCACGGUGCCUACCUGCAGAGCUUGGAGCGGAGCAGCCGGCACUGGGUGCUAUCAUCGGUGAAGGGACCAGGGCUGGAUGAGCCGGGCGGUGGAGCUGAGGCGGAUGUCGGUGCUGCCGGCAGCGAGGGCGAGAUUUGGUACAAUCCCAUCCCCGAAGAUGAGGACCCCCAGCCUGGGAGCUCCUGGAAGACAUGGGUAGGGAAGACCCCCCCCCGCGGUGGUUUGGGGAUGGCAGAGAGCUCCGGACCCCGCAGCGGAGAGGAGCCGGGAGCCGGCAGGACCCAGGCUUGUGUGAAGAUGCCGAUCCCAUGUGUGAGCUCGGGGACAGGGCUGACCACCCCCUCGCCCCCCGCCAGCCCCAAGAAGGGCCGUUCCCUCAACAAGGUGAAGUCCCCAGGUACCGUACGUCGUCUCUCCAUGAAGAUGAAGAAGCUGCCGGAGCUACGGAGGAAGCUGAGCCUACGCAGCCCCCGUCCCCGGGGCCAAGAGGGUGGCACCUCGCCCUCCGAAAGCCGCAAGGAAUCCAGCAACGUCAUCAGCCGCUACCACCUAGACAGCAGCGUGGCUUCACGGCCGGGGCUGCCGCGAGCCAAAGCGGCUGGCAAAGGCGGCUACUUGAGUGACGGCGACUCCCCGGAGCUGCCGGCUAAAGCCGGGGCGCGUGCCGAACCGGAGGAUGGGGAAAACGGGCUGGAUGUGGGCGCUUUCCGCCCCUACAGCUGCGGGGAGAUGCCGCCACGGUGCGGGCAACACAUCUCGGGGCUGGUGAGCGUCCACCUCCACGGCGUGCAGGACCUGAAGCCACCACGGGCCGAAGCCCGGGAGGUUUUCUGCGUCUUGCAGGUGGACGCGGCCAACCGGGCUCGCACGGCUUUGCUGCCCUGCAAGACGGCGUUCCUCGGCCUCAACCACACCUUCAACCUGGAGCUGGAGGGUGCCCGGCACCUCAAGGUGAUCGUCUUCUCCUGGGAUCCCACCUCCUGCCGCAACCGUCUCUGCUGCCACGGCACUGUGGUCCUGCCCCACAUCUUCAGAGGUUGCCGGGCCCAGCAGCUGGCGGUGCGGCUGCAACCUCGCGGUAUCCUCUACUCCAAAUUCACCUUGGUGGAGCAGUGGGACAGUCCCGGUGAUCGGGAACCCCGUGUCUUCGGCGUGGAGCUGGGCCAGCUGGUGGAGAGGGAGAAGACGGCCACCAAAGUGCCUCUGCUCAUCCAGAAAUGCGUGGCCGAGAUAGAGAAACGAGGGCUGAAGGUGGUGGGCUUGUACCGGCUCUGCGGCUCGGCUGCCGUCAAGAAAGAGCUUCGUGACGCCUUUGAGAGGGACAGCGCGGCCGUGACGCUCUCAGAGCAGCUCUACCCCGACAUCAACGUCAUCACGGGGAUCCUCAAGGAUUACCUGCGGGAGCUGCCCACGCCGCUCAUCACCCCCACGCUCUACCACGUUGUGCUGGAGGCCAUGGCCAAGCGACCCCCCCGGACCCCCCCAGGAGAGCGGGAUGCUGUCACCCUGCUCGACUGCCUGCCCGACGUUGAGAAGGCCACGCUGACGCGGCUCCUGGACCACCUCAGCCUGGUGGCCUCCUUCCACGAUUUCAACCGCAUGAACUCGCAGAACAUCGCCGUCUGCUUCGGGCCCGUCCUGCUCACCCAGAAUCAGGAGCCCCGGCGCUCCGGCACCGGUGCCGGCACCGGCAACCGCAGCUACGCCCACAGCGAGGACAUCGCCAGCGCCGUUGACUUCAAGAGGCACAUCGAGGUGUUGCAUUACCUGCUGCAGGCCUGGCCGGCCCCCCGUUUGGCCCCAGCCCCCCAAUCUCGGGAGGGAGCACAGCCCAGUUGCCCGCAGCAGCAACGGGGGCCACCACUGCGACUGGACCUGCUGGAGAGCGCGGUGGUGGCCCGUCACCGUCCCCGAGGACCGGAGAGCCCCCCCAGCAACCGCUACGCCGGUGACUGGAGCAUCUGCGACCACCAAUUCCUACUGGUACCCGGCACGGCCGGUGACGCCGACUACGACGAGGUGGCAGCCGGUGAUGGUGAGACCGGGGUGCCGGCGCGGCGGACCCCGCACCGGCGGACCCUCUUCGUGGCUGAUUUCGCCCUGGGUGAGGAGCCCGAGGCGCCCUUCGGCCCCCGCCUCAACCUCAAGGACUUUGACGCGCUCAUCCUCGACCUCGAGCGGGAGCUUGCCAAGCAGAUCAACGUCUGCCUGUGAGACCAGCGCCAACGCCGGUGCCAGUGCCAACGCCGACACCGGUGACGAUGCCAAUACCGGUGCCGAUGCCAACACCAGUGACGAUGCCAAUACCGGUUCCGAUGCCAACACCAGUGACGAUGCCAAUACCGGUGCCGAUGCAGACACCGGUGACGAUGCCGAUACCAGUACCGAUGCCGAAACCGGUACCAAUGCCGAUACCGACACCGGUGCCGAUGCCGCCGCCGGUGCG